CCUACACACAGGCUAAUGAUUUUUAUAAGGACACAUCGCUCGAUGACAACAACGGGAGUUGGUUUGUCGUCGACACACAAAGCGUGCAUCCUCAUGUUUAAGUCUGAAAACCUGAUUGUAUACGUUAAGUUUUCAGAAUAGCUGUUCGCAAGCCAUCGGAUUCAGAAUUAUGAAAUUUGACGAACUCCUGGAGGAAAUCGGGGAAUUUGGUCCCUACCAAAAGCGGAUAUACUUCCUGGUGUGCUUAACUGCCAUAGUUGGGGCUUACCAAUCAAUGUCACCUGUCUUUCUCUUGGAGAUAACUAAUUACAGAUGUAAAAUUCCAUUUCUUGAGAAUGACACCUAUGCUGUUCAGGAUGACCAUCACAAGCAGCUCAUUGAAAUGUUUAUCCCCAAAUUGGCGGACGCCUACUCCAAGUGUACUCUGUACGACGUCCACAACAACAGUUCUCGUGCUGAUGGUAACAAUUCCCAACGCACCUGUGAUGCCUGGGUGUACGACAAAUCAGUCAUACAAUCCUCGGGUCCUGCAGAUUUCAACAUGUUCUGCGACAAUGAGAUUCUACGUUCCCACAGCAACAUGAUCGACUUCGCAGGGGCUCUGAUUGGUGCUCUUGUUUGUGGACCCUUGGGGGACAGGUUCGGAAGAAAGAAAGUGUUGAUUGGCACUGUCGUAAUGAACUCUUUACUCAACGUUGCCAUUGCCUUGAGCACAGACUUUGCAGUAUUUGCUGUGUUCAACUUCAUGAUUGGAUUCACUGGCAUGGCAAUGUUUAUGCUGACAUUUGUCCUAGCAAUGGAAUUCGUUGGACCAUGUAAGAGGACAUUUGCCGGGGUAGUGAUCGAAUACUUCUGGACGGCUGGGUUGUUCCUACUUACAGGGCUGGCAUAUCUCAUCCGGCAGUGGCGACAUCUUCGAUUGGCUUUGGGCAUACCUCAAAUCCUGUUUGUGACAUAUUGGUGUUCCAGGAGGUCGAGGAAAGGAGUUGUCAGAUUCUUCUUCCACUGUGAACUGCAUACGGGGAUGUUGGGAAUUGAGGUGGUCGAGGAGGUGUUCAGGGUUGUCGUUGGGGUUGAGAACUACAAAGGUGUCGUCUACUUUUCUGUACCAGCAUAUUGGAGCGAUGGGGGAUGUCAGCAGGGCCUUAUCUUCAAGUUCCGUCAUGCAUACCUCAGUGAUGAUAGGGGAGAGAGAACCCACCCAUGGAAUUCGGCAGUGUCGGCGACGAAGGGCGAGGCUGAUUUACGGGCAAUGAGCGAGGAGUCGGGCAAUGUGCUGAGCGGUGUUGUAGUGGACGGUGUUUCUGGAGUCGACUACACCGAAACGUUUGCCAUCAACAUCGUCUACUACGGACUAAGCCUGAAUGUGGGCAACCUGAGCGGUGAUAUCUAUCUCAACUUCUUCAUAUCCAGCCUGAUGGAACUUCUUGGAUAUAUAGUGUGCCAUGUUCUAAUGAAUAGAGUUGGCAGGAAGACAGUGCUGUGUUCCUCCAUGGUCCUCGGGGGUUUAACGUGCAUAUCUUCUUUGUUCCCGCUGAUUCAUGGCAACUCUUCUACAGGAUGGAUUCUGAGAGCAAUCACCAUGGCUGGUAAACUUGGAGCCACUACAUCGUUUGCUGUCAUCUACAUCUUCUCUGCGGAGUUGUUUCCUACGACGUUGCGACAGUCCGCUAUGGGGUCUUGUUCCUUGUUUGAAGGGGUGGCUGGCAUGAUUGCACCAUAUAUUGCUGACCUGGGUAUCCUCACCAAAGGACCUCUACAAGAAGUUUUGCCGCUUAUGGUGUUCGGUUCCCUCUCAAUAGCGGCCGGAAUGAUGGCUAUCUUGUUACCGGAAACACGUGACGAACAGCUACCAGAAACAUUAGUUGAUGCCAUCUUGUUUGGUCAACCUUCUCCACGUCAAGAUCAAUACUCUGAUGAGGUGCAAGUGAAUCAAGCAAGUUAUUUCUGA